AUGGAGUGCAACAAAGAAGAGGCGAUGCGAGCGAAACAAAUUGCCGAGACGAAGAUGGAGAAACACGAUUUCGAAGGAGCUCGAAAGAUUGUAAUGAAAGCGCAGAAACUGUACCCAAAGCUCGAAACUCUUAACCAGAUGGUAAUCAUAUGUGAAGUUAUCUGUUCAGCGCAGAAGAGCAGCAGCAAUUUGGCGACGGAAUCUGAUAACGACUGGUACGGAAUCCUGCAAAUCGAAAAAUUAUCCGACGAAUUGACGGUGAGGAAGCAAUACAGAAGGCUUGCUCUCUCCCUUCAUCCUGAUAAGAACCGAUUCCCCGGCGCGGAAGCUGCUUUUAAGUUGAUUUCCCAAGCGUACGAAGUGCUUUCAGACCCCAAAAGCAAGUCCUUGUACGACGGCAAGAUUAAAAACGACGCCGGAUUGAAUGGAGGUGUGAGAUGCUAUAAUGGCGGUGGUGAUGCGAAAAGCGGAAAUCUGAGAAAUAUGAGGAGGAGGAAGAGAGGCGUACUGGAAUCUAGUGAGGGUACCGGUGAGAGCUCGACUGAGAGCACCGGCCGGAGUCCGUUUUCCAUGGAGGAGAAGGCCAAACGACGUCGUCUCCGGCAGUGA